AUGUUUAUUAGAAUAAAGUUCUAUUUAUCCCUCCACAGGGCUCAGCCCCCACCUGCAGCCGCGGGGUGCCAUUGCCCUGCCAGGGUGGGGACCGGGAGGGCCUCGGGCCCCGGGGCAAGGGGCGGGGCUCGCGCUGGACUCACACAAGCCAGGACACAGACGCCACCAGGCUGGGUGGGACACCGUGAGCUUUAUUUACUCGGAGUCAUUGCAACAGUCUCAAGCAGACGACACAGGUCACAUUGGGCCACCAGCCCCACAGAGCGGCACCGGCCUGGGUCCACCUGCAACAAGCCCACCCGCCCCCAGCCAGAGCUGCACAGCCGGCUGGCAGGCUCACGGACCUCGUGGCCAGUGACCGCGGGCCCCGUGCUGCGCCCUCACGCCGCACCACUUCCUUCUCCCCCAGCUCCACCUCACCCCUUGCUCCUCCUGAACAAAUGCGCGCCCUGCUGCCCUGGUGUGGCCGAAGCGGUCAGCGUGCGGCGGCUCCGGCUCAGGGAGCCCUUUGUCCACGAGAUGCUGCAACAUCCGAUCCAGGGAAUGAGACACAGAUGCCAAGCCAGCCUCUUGGUUAGAGAAGAGAAGCAGCACACGCACAAAGUGCCAGAACCACAGUCCACACUGACCAGCCCUACAUGCUCACCAGCCGCAGUCCCUCACCACCUCCGCACCGGGCAAAACGCCCCAGCCUGACUACUGGCCAGGGCCUGAGGACCUCCCCCAUCCCCUUAACACCUACUGAGGACUUUCGCUU